GGCAGCAGGGAGGGGAGACCGAAAUGGGCAGACAGCGUGGCACCAACCACUAUUAUUCCUGGACCACAGCCGCUGCGAGAGAGAAGUGCAGUCGAGCCGACCAGCGCUCAAAUUCACGCGUUUAACAUGGACCAGCCCACUGUGGUGCUGAUGUCCCUGCUGGUGGUCCUGAGCUGUCCAACGCAAGCCACUGAGAGGAUUUCGCCCGACCAGCUGCUAACCUCGGACGCCUCCCCGUCCAUGCACAGCAGCAGCCGGCACGGCCUUCAGUCAGAUACAUACCUGCCGCCUGGUUUCUGGACAGAGUCCAUCAACAAAAGACCUGCAAGGAAGCCCACCAAAGCCGAGCGAAAUCCUGCAGAACUCAUGGAGAUGAUGGAGAAAGGGGGGAAAUGGGAUCCUAGGUUCAUGCGGUUGAGCCGAAGAGAUAGAAAAUCUUUGGGAAAAUUGAACGUCAGAAGUCAUCUUGGGAAAAAGAAGUUCGCGCGUCCGUCGGUGCGCUCGCUGUGGAGGGCGGCCAGGCAGCAAAAGAAGCCGAGGCGCUGGUCCCACCAAACGGCCCAUGAGGCGUCCGAGCUGCUUUUUUCCUUGGCCAACUGUUCCACCACGGAACAGUGGGUCACUUUGGACAGACUGUUCUGGCCGCGGCAGCUGUUGUUCACCAAGUGCGCCAGUGGAGGCAUUGACACCGACCACGUGGGAGGUCACCAACAGACCUGCGGAUGGCCUCCAGGAAAACUGGCCUGCAGAAAUGUGCCCUUAAACGUCAUAAUCCUCCGCUGGAUCUGCUUGCCAAAGACACAAGAUAUUAUGAAUGCCAGAAUAAGGAGGACAAAUGGAACACACACAUCCACCAACCCCAUCGACAAAAAGUUCUACUGCAAGUGGUUUCCGGUGCCCUACACAAUCACAAAAGACUGUGAAUGCGGUCUGCCAAAGAACUCUCAUGAAGAUUUCUGAUUUUCUGCAAAUUCAAGACUGCUUCUAAGCUUCAGAGUGCGUGCUAGGUCCACGAGACACAGACUGAUUGACAGACUAGAGUGAAUGGAAUCCAAUUUAGUUUAUUUUAAAUUUUUACCAUUGGUGCGCAUAACCUGAGCAACGAUUAAAUUAUUUUAAGUUCAUUCGCAAGGUCACAGACUAACAAAAAUAUUUUUAAGUGUACAUAGCUGUAGCUGUAAUAGAUGAUUAAAAUAAAUAUAGGACAAAGUGCUGAUUUUUAUUAAUGUUUCUUUAAUUUAAGUAAAAUAAAAUUUAUUGUCAA